UUGUAGCGCGCGCCUCCCAGCAUUUACCCUGGCUUCUCAGCGGACGGGCCCUCGGCGAUCGGCGCGGAGAGGGGCCACCGCUGAGAGCCCAGUCCCAGCCUGGCCACCACGGAGCCCAGCUGCCAAAAAGUUCCUGCUGCCACCCGCCGCCUCCUCUCAGCAUAGGACAAGAAUGGAGAUCCCUUUUGUCUCCUGCCUCUACGGCUGUUUGGCUCUGCUUGUCUUGCUGCCCUCCCUGAGCCUAGCACAGUAUGAGAGCUGGCCCUACCAGCUCCAGUACCCAGAGUAUUUCCAGCAGCCCGCUCCAGAGCACCAUCAGCACCAGGUACCCUCUGAUGUGGUCAAGAUUCAGGUCCGCCUGGCCGGCCAGAAGAGGAAGCAUAAUGAGGGCCGUGUGGAGGUCUAUUACGAAGGCCAGUGGGGCACCGUGUGCGAUGAUGACUUCUCUAUCCAUGCUGCCCACGUUGUCUGCCGGCAAGUGGGCUAUGUGGAGGCCAAGUCCUGGACUGCCAGCUCCUCCUAUGGCCCAGGAGAAGGCCCCAUCUGGUUGGAUAAUAUCUACUGCACUGGCAAAGAGUCGACCCUGGCAGCUUGCUCCUCCAAUGGCUGGGGCGUCACUGACUGUAAGCACACUGAAGAUGUUGGUGUGGUGUGCAGUGAAAAAAGAAUUCCUGGCUUCAAAUUUGACAAUUCGUUGAUCAAUCAAAUAGAGAGCCUAAAUAUACAGGUGGAAGAUAUCCGGAUCCGGCCCAUCCUGUCUGCCUUCCGCCAUCGCAAGCCUGUAACAGAGGGUUACGUGGAGGUGAAGGAGGGCAAGGCCUGGAAGCAGAUCUGCAACAAGCACUGGACAGCCAAGAAUUCCCACGUAGUCUGUGGCAUGUUCGGCUUCCCUGCAGAGAAGACCUACAACCCCAAAGCCUACAAAACUUUUGCCUCAAGGAGGAAGCUGCGUUACUGGCCGUUUUCUAUGAACUGCACCGGCACUGAAGCACACAUCUCCAGCUGCAAGCUGGGCCCUUCAGUGUCCCGGGACCCUGUGAAGAACGCCACCUGUGAGAACGGGCAGCCAGCUGUGGUCAGUUGUGUGCCUAGCCAGAUCUUCAGCCCUGAUGGACCCUCAAGGUUCCGGAAAGCCUACAAGCCAGAGCAGGACCAUGUGUCUCUCCAGCAACCCUUGGUGCGGCUAAGAGGGGGAGCCCAGGUCGGGGAGGGUCGAGUGGAAGUGCUCAAGAAUGGAGAAUGGGGGACCGUCUGCGAUGACAAGUGGGACCUGGUAUCUGCCAGCGUGGUCUGCAGAGAGCUGGGCUUCGGGACUGCUAAAGAGGCUGUCACAGGCUCCAGGCUGGGGCAAGGGAUUGGGCCCAUCCACCUCAAUGAGGUCCAGUGCACGGGAACUGAGAAGUCCAUCAUAGACUGCAAACUCAACACAGAGUCACAGGGGUGCAACCAUGAGGAAGAUGCUGGAGUUCGAUGCAAUAUCCCCAUCAUGGGCUUCCAGAAAAAGGUGCGCCUGAAUGGAGGUCGCAAUCCCUAUGAGGGCCGAGUGGAGGUACUAACAGAGAGAAAUGGGUCCCUUGUGUGGGGGACUGUAUGCGGCCAGAACUGGGGCAUUGUGGAAGCCAUGGUGGUCUGCCGGCAGCUAGGCCUGGGCUUUGCCAGCAAUGCCUUCCAGGAAACCUGGUACUGGCAUGGAAAUAUCGCCAACAAAGUGGUGAUGAGUGGAGUGAAGUGCUCGGGAACGGAGCUGUCCCUGGCACACUGCCGCCAUGACGAGGAGGUGGCCUGCCCCGAGGGUGGGGUGCAGUUCGGUGCUGGAGUUGCCUGCUCAGAAACUGCACCUGAUCUGGUUCUUAACGCUGAGAUUGUACAGCAGACGGCCUACCUGGAAGACAGGCCCAUGUCCUUGCUGCAGUGUGCCAUGGAGGAAAACUGCCUCUCUGCCUCUGCUGUGCACACGGACCCCACCAGAGGCCACCGGCGCCUUCUACGCUUCUCCUCCCAGAUUCACAACAAUGGCCAGUCUGACUUCCGCCCCAAAAAUGGCCGCCACGCAUGGAUUUGGCAUGACUGCCACAGGCACUACCACAGCAUGGAAGUAUUCACUUACUAUGACCUGCUGAGCCUCAACGGCACCAAGGUGGCUGAGGGCCACAAGGCCAGCUUCUGCUUGGAGGACACUGAGUGUGAGGGAGACAUUCAGAAGAGUUAUGAGUGUGCCAACUUCGGAGAACAAGGCAUCACCAUGGGCUGUUGGGACAUGUACCGUCAUGACAUUGACUGCCAGUGGAUAGACAUCACCGAUGUACCCCCUGGAGACUACCUGUUCCAGGUUGUCAUUAACCCCAACUAUGAGGUGCCAGAAUCAGAUUUCUCUAACAACAUCAUGAAGUGCAGGAGCCGCUAUGAUGGCUACCGCAUCUGGAUGUACAAUUGUCACGUAGGUGGAGCCUUCAGUGAGGAGACAGAACAGAAGUUUGAACACUUCAGUGGACUUCUAAAUAAUCAGCUCUCUGUGCAGUAAAGAAGACCCUGGGCCAGGCAUGACGGUUCAUGCCUGUAAUCCCUGCACUCAGGCCGAGGCAGGAGGAUUGCCACAAGAUUUCUACUCUGGACAUUCAAUCAAGCUUCAGUUUCAAAAGAUAGGAAAGAAUAGAGAGGAAGGAAGGAAGGAAGGAAGGAAGGAAGGAAGGAAGGAAGGAAGGAAGGAAGGAAGAAAGAAAGAAAGAAAGAAAGAAAGAAAGAAAGAAAGGAAAAGGGAAGAAAAAUGACUUAAUGGUCACUUACUGACUCCCAGGAGGAAUACUGAUUGCCACCUCUUUGCUAGCCAGAUCCAGCUGAAAAGAAAGGUACUCAUUCAUUCUCCAGGCACUGCCAUGUAUCCCUGACCUGAGGCCUUAGGGGCAGGGCUCUGGCACAUGGCCAUGGGAACUUGAUGACAAGCUUUGAGCAGCUUAUCCCAUCCAAGCUUUGGCAUAUCCCAAGUGUGACCUCACCAUGCUCUGCAUAGAUGGGCCAUUUUCUUCUGGGAACGUGGCAGGUAUGAACUCAGCAACUGCAGAGGUGGUCUAGCUGAAUUCCCCUUCUUAGGUCAUUUCUGGAAAACUUGAAUAUCAAGGCCUCUGUAUUAAGUUUUUUUUUUCUUCUCAUUGGACAAACUGCUUGGCAAAAUCAACUUGAAGAAGGAAGGCUUUAUCUGAGCUCGUGGUUGGAGGAACCAAUCUGUAGUGGCAAAGAAGGCAUUGCAGCAGGAGCGUGAGGUGUCUGGUUCCAAACUCACUGUAUAGCUGAGGAUGACCUUGAACCUCCGAGCCUCCCGCUUCCAUCUCCAGAGUGCUGGGGAUCAAACCCGGGACUUCACACAUGUAAGGCAAUGUGCUAUCAGUUCUAGCUGCUUUCUGAGCACUCACCCUUCUCAGCUGCUUUAAACGUGUACAUGUUCUCUGCCUUACCAACCUACAUGUCUUUCUGUAUCUCUCUGCUCCACUUGCUCAUUUUAACUGUGGGCCUGAGUGAGAGCAGUGAACAGAAGCAUAGCACAACCUGAAUGCUACCCUGUCUUAAAAUGUCCUCCGCCAAGCCAAUUCGUCCAUCACUCUUGAGUCAAGACUCACCCGAAUGCUCAGGACACAGGCAGGAUGUAGCUGGAUUCUUGCCAGGGUGUAAUAUGAUUGGCUUCUAGCUCAGUUCUAGAUAGAGAGUCCUUGGUUCCCACUAAACCUCAGGUACCAGGCCUCCACUGUCCACAUUCCUCUUGGCAAUCUGGUCUGCCAAACUGCGACCAGAAUAACCCAUUCAGUUCUAUUCUCAGCAUUCUACGGCUUUCGGGCCCAAAGUUCUAAGCUCUUCCAGAUUCCUCCCUCAAGCCUACUCCCAAAACUCAAGUAUUCCAGGACCAUGCUUCUCACCUCAGUGAUCAGUGAUUAGACACAGGUCUAAUCUUCUGUAUUAUACUUGACAAAAGCAGCUUAAGGGAAGGCUAUUUUUGGCUUAUAGUUCAAGAGUCCAGUCCCUCACAGCAGGUAAGGCAUGGCGGCAGGAGCAGCUUGUCAGGUUGCAUCCACAGUCAGGAAGUAGAAUGAUGAAUGCAGGUGCUCAGCUUGCUUUCACCUUUAUAUUCAGCCUACAACCCCAGCCCAUGGAAUGGUGCUACUGGUGUCUAGGGUGGGCCUUCCCUCUUCUGUUAAACCUCUUCUGGAAGCACCCCGUAGGCCCACCCAGGGGUGUUUCCAUGGUGGUUCUAAAUCCCAUCUAGGUGAUAAUCAAGGUUAUCUAUAACAACCUCUUCCAGUUAAACCAGCAUCUGUAUUCUAUGCAAUUAUAGCCUCAAUUUAAAGUACAAUAGCAAGGCAUACAUCCCAAGGUCCCAAGGGAUGCCUGAAGACUUGGAUGGUUCUGAGACAGGAUAGAAAGAGACAAUCAUGGGGGAACAUGGAAGGGGCCCUUCUUCACCUCAGAAUCUGGUUGAAGCUUUUGCCAGCUGAGAAUCCCAACACAGAUAACAUUGUGAAUGGUGCUAAUAUAGGGACAGUAUUCAUUCUGUAUAUUUAUAUACAAGUAUAGAUAUUUCAAGUAAUAAUGUUAAAAUAGCAAGGAAUUAUGCUUAAGGCCAAAGUGUAAAUGGCCUUUUUCCUUUCCUAGCUGUAAACAUACAAUUUCCUACAACUUUGCCAGAAACCCAAUUUACAGUAAAAGGCAUAUCUCAAGACCCCUAUGCUAUCCUUAUGACCCAUGGUUUCAUCUUAUCAGGGCACAGUCCUAUCCAAGGUACCUCUGGAGCCACCUUAUAUUACUAUCAAAAAGAGGAAGAGAUUGGGGAUGUAACUUAGAAACCAAUCAAGCAAUACCAAAAGCUUCGGGACUCCUGUGUAUAGCUAGUUUUUAAGACACUUAAGAACUCUUGUCCUUUAAGAAGCCCACACCCCAGCUCUCGGGUGUGCCCUCCUCUUUCCCUGAGCAACUCUUAACCCCUGUAACUUAAAUUUAUAUUUAAAAUAUUUUAAAUAAACGUUUAACUCUCUGCUUUA